CUGGCCACAUGCAUAAGGCAAGUUCUGUUUGAAAUCAUCCAUUGAUAUACACUAUCAGUAUCAUGGCAUCUACAAGGAUUCUUUUCUUCAUGCUCAUCUGGUUUGCCUUGCUGUACUUUGGAGGAAUGUAUCUUUUCACGAAAGGUUUUCUUUUAACUCGAAUAGAGAUUGCUGAAAAGAGCGAGAGCGUGUGUGGUAACUCCGCCAGAGCUCCAGGCGCGGGACAUAGCAGUGGUCCGGGCGAAGCCGCUGCGGAUUCGUGCACCCAUGUUCGAUUCAAAAGAGCUGUAGUAUUGCUUAUUGAUGCUUUGAGAUACGACUUUGCACUGUUUAACACGAGCCUCCCAUCAUCAGAAGCUGCUCCUUUUCAAAAUAAAAUGCCAGUAAUUCAUGAAACGGUUACAAACUUUCCCGAACAGUCCAUCUUGUUCAAGUCGCUAGCUGAUCCUCCUACCACAACUUUGCAGAGACUGAAAGGUAUCAUAACUGGAAGUCUUCCAACAUUUGUAGAUGCCGGACAAAAUUUUGCUAGCUUUGAAAUAUCGGAGGACAACAUCGUUGACCAACUUGUGCAAGCAGGAAAGAGAGUCACAUUCAUGGGUGACGAUACAUGGAUGACACUCUUCAACAAGAAGUUUAAUAAAGCAUUUCCAUUUCCUUCUUUCAAUGUUAAGGAUUUGCACACUGUGGAUGAAGGAAUUCUGACCAAACUACUACCUGAAAUUAGGAAGAAAGACUGGGAUGUGGUAAUCGCUCACUUCCUCGGCGUGGAUCACUGUGGUCAUUCACUUGGUCCAUACCAUCCUUCGAUGGGGAAGAAAUUGACUCAGAUGAACGCUGUGAUUAAAUCUGUAAUGCAGAGCUUGGAUGAUGACACCAUCUUGUUUGUUCUUGGUGAUCACGGAAUGACAAAAUCGGGAGAUCAUGGGGGAGACAGUCCAGAGGAACGCUCUUCUGCAAUUUUCAUGUACAGUCCAAGGAAGAUCUUUGCUAAGAGUGAUAUCAUGGCCAAGAGGAUACCUGAUGUUGUCUCUCAGAUUGACUUUGUACCAACCCUCUCCCUUCUGCUGGGUGUCUCGAUCCCAUUUUCAAAUCUUGGAGCAAUCAUUUCUCCUCUAUUCUCACUUGGUCCACCAUCAGUACGAACUACUAAAGCACCCAGCUUUCCAGACAAUCAACAGCAUAUAAAACAUAGAUUAUUUGCAUCUAGAAUCAAUGCCAAACAGAUUCAUCAUUACAUUACAACCUACAACAAAGUAGCUCGGGAUUUCCCUGCCGAAGUAUAUUCUCAGCUAGAAACCCUUUAUCAGAAAACAGAAGAUCAAAUGGACCACUUGGAAGCUCUCAUGGCUGCAGAAUCGAUGUCGGAAGUCACAGAGGAGUCUCUACUUGACUUGGAAGAACACUUCCUGGAGUACAUCCUCGGUGUCAGGGAAAUGUGCCGUAGUAUAUGGGCCAAGUUUGAGAUGGUCUAUGUCUAUCAAGGACUUGGUCUUGUGAUACUGACUAUCACGUUGGGUGUGUCGAUCGUCACCUUGCAACAUUAUACUGAACCAGAAAAGAUGGAUGAUCUUCUGCAGAGUCUGAUCAAGCAGCUAGUCACCUGGACAGUGUGUGUUAGUGUUUCUGGCUUUCUGCUCUCACAGAGUACCGGCUUGUCAACAGCCACUUGUCUGAUCUUCAUCCCAGGUUUCACAUCGAUUCUCAUCAUGAUGCUUCAACUGUUUUUAGAGGUGUCCAAUAUCAGUGUGUCCAGGUUAUUGGGGUCUUUGACAUUUACAUCUGUAUUUCAAGCCUUAUUAGUAAUAUCACCAAUAGUUUUGCACAGUGCUUUCCUUACCUCAGAUAGUCAUGUUAUCAAUGAGGGACGAGCAAUAGUGUUCUUUGUACAAUCAAUAUUAACAUUUUACGUGUUAGUGUUUUCACUUCAAAACUACAAGUCAUUUUAUUCAGAAAAGGAACAUGGAUAUAUGAAGAGUAACUUCAGAUUAAAAAAGUUUAUAUCAAGUCCAGCUAUGCGGAUGAUCAUGCUUGGACUGGCAGCGUUAGUGUGUGUAAGAUGUAGUAGUUUGUUUGUCUCCUGCCGGGAAGAGCAGUAUUGGUGCUCUCCCUCAGAUUUCCUUCCACCGUUAUCUCUGAUACCAUCGGAACAGUCCAGUUUACGGAGCUACCGAUUCUUACUCUCUAUCGGCUCUGUUGCGGCUAUUCCAUCUGCCCUCAUCUACCACCUGUCGCAGCAAGGUAACUUGAGUAACCUGUCAGGACAGGUGUACUCCAUCCGCUAUGGAAUCCCUCUAGCCAGUGUCUGCAUCUGUAUGUUCUGGGGACAGCAGGCACUUCCUGAGAAGCUUCGAGAACAGUCUCCAGAAUGGCAACAGGUAGUAUUUCCUCAGGUUGCAUACGUCAUGAUCGCAGUAGCUGCCAUCCUGCAGUGGGUAUUCCCUCUGAACCUUCUCCUUGUGAGGAGACCAUCCAAAUCUGCACAAGGAACCCUUUCCCAGAGUGAUGUCUCAGUGCAAUCAGAUAAAGAUACAGUUUCUGAAUUAGGUGAUACUGCUAAUAAAGGAGUCUCAAAACAUUCUGAACCCUCUAGGACUCUUGAAGACUCUGACACUGAGGAGCAACCCCCAUUGGUGUAUGGACUUGGAACAGUCUUCAGUGCCACAUAUUUGCAUAUUCUUGUCUCAAUGGUUCUCCUUUUAUCUCUCCUGAAUGCGGACGGCAUAGCCAGCUCUAUACUCCUUAUGGUGGUUGAGAUGGUUCUUUUCUUGGAGAUUUAUGCUGCUACAAGGAGAAAACAACUGACUGCCCUGAGAGCAAUGCCAGAAUUAUAUAAAAUGGGAUUCUAUGUAGUCCCAUGGUAUGUUAUAGGUGUCUGGUCCCUCAUGGCAUCACAAUACUUCUUUGCUACUGGACACCAAGCUACAUUCACAGCUAUCAAAUUUGAAUCAGCUUACACUGGAUUCAACGGUGACUUUCCUCGCUAUCUCUACUUCAUUCCAGCUACUUUAGUCAGUCUCAAUACAUUUGGCUCACAGAUUUUCUUUGCUGCCAUGCUUCCUCUGAUCCUGAUAUGGCCAUUCACACGUGGUCUCUGGGUGACAGGCAAUAAAGUCGUCACUGAGGAUGAACAACAGGGAGAGCUCAACCUUCAUACUAACUCAGAUCAAGCUAUGAGGGCGCUGUUUCAGAUAUCUACCAUGUUCCUGAUCUUCCAGGCAUGUGAUCUUGUAGGUACGAUGGUGGCAGCAGCCAUCCUUCGUCGUCAUCUGAUGGCUUGGAGUGUAUUUGCUCCAAGGUUUAUCUUCCAGGGCGUGGCCUUUGGUGUAACCGUUCCGUCCGUUCUCAUCACAUUCCUCUUCUUCACCUACAUGCAGCGGUGUCUGGCCACAUGGAUCAGCAGAAUCCAGUCUUGAAUGAUACCAAAGAGACAGAAUUCUCUACCUUCGUUCUGUUGUGCAUGAACUACAUUUAUCUUUUGAAUAACUAGAUCCAAGGCAUGUAUUAUCAUAUGGCUGCAAAUGAUGAAAAUUUGUGGCAGUAUGGUGUCUAAAUUCAUUCAGUGUCUCAUGUAGAAUGGGGAUGUCAAUAGUAUAACAACAGGCUCUCCAAAUUAUAUGCAAUAUGGCAAGUAUGCAACACCUAGAUGUAAAAGCAAUGUGUUCAUGUUGGGCUUUUAAAGAUGAGGACGGUGAGUGCACCAUGUUAUUGAAUACCAAAGUGUGACGUCAUCAAUUUUCUUUUUUUUUGUAUUUUACUGUUAUUGAUCUUAUUUCGGUUUAGCAUGAUAGAAAAACCCCACAACACAAAUUUGGUGGGAAUCGGUCCAUGGGGCCCCAAGAUAUGACCGUCUGAAUA